UUCCUCCUAUAAAAUAAAAACCCUCCCCUUUGGCCCUUCCUUCUACGUCUCCACCCUUCUUCUAUUCUCGCGGCUCUACUAUUGAGAAGAUCCAGAAAAACCCUAGAAAUCAUCAUUCGAAAAGGGAGGUGAGAGAAAGAAACAGCGAGUACCAGAGCUAAUCACCAUCUUUCUCUCACCUCACUCUCUUGCUGUCUCGCUCGGAUCCAAAUCUGAGCUCAGUUCGCAGGGUUAAUUAGGUUUUUGGGUUGAUUUUCAGAGACUUCAGCAGUGAUGGCAGCCUCGAUCCCGGAAGCCCCAAUUCCUCCUCCUGAUGUUGUCGGUAAUGCAUUUGUUCACCAAUACUAUCUCAUCUUGCAUCAAUCGCCCGAGCUUGUUCACCGAUUCUACCAGGAUGAUAGUAAGCUUGGUCGUCCAGAGGAGGGUGGGAUCAUGAGUACCACAACAACAAUGCAUGCCAUAAAUGAGAAGAUACUAUCACUUGGUUAUGGAGAAUUCAGAGCAGAAAUAACCUCAGUUGAUUCACAAGAAUCAUAUGACGGAGGAGUCCUUGUCCUUGUGACUGGAUAUUUGACUGGAAAUGAUAAUGUUCGACAGAAAUUUACUCAGAGUUUCUUCUUGGCACCACAAGACAAAGGCUAUUUUGUUUUGAAUGAUGUCUUCCGAUACGUUGAUGAUGCCAAGCUUCAAAAUGGAAAUCUUGAUGUUGUCAAUAGUAUUGAAGGUCCAGCCACUCCUAACCAGGACCUUCCUUCUGUGCAAGAAAAUCACAUUUCUGAGCAAGUGACUGCUUUCUCUGAGGAAGCCAAUGGGGAGGAAAUGUGCAAUCCCUCUGAGAAUGGGGAUGGGGCAAUUGAAGAACAGGAAGCACCAGUGCCUGAGGUUGUUGAUGAAAUUCCCAAUGACUCGCAGAUGGUGGUUGAUUCACAGAUAGUGGCUGAAUCUAAUGCUAAGAUUGUAGAAGUGCCAAAGAAGUCAUAUGCAUCAAUUUUGAAAGUUAUGAGGGAGAACGCUGCACCUUUUUCUAGUCCUGCCCCUUUUUCAAGCCCUGCUCCUUAUCCUCUGAGGUCUGCACCAAAAAGCCAAGAACAAGUCACUGCUGCAGUAACUCCUGCACUGGCAACUGAGGCACACAUCUCCAAUUCAAAUGCUACUGAAAAUGGGAAUGCCCAAGAGAAUGAAGCUGGAGGUCCUUCCAUCUAUGUGAAAGGCCUGCCUUUAGAUGCAACACCUGCCCUACUUGAGGACGAAUUUAAGAAGUUUGGACCUAUUAGGCCUGGUGGUAUUCAAGUUAGAUGUCAAAAGGGAUUUUGCUUUGGUUUUGUCGAAUUUGAAGUGGCAAGUGCUGUGCAGAGUGCAUUACAGGCUUCUCCUAUCAUGAUUAGUGGAUGCCGGGUUGUUGUGGAGGGAAAGAGAUCUACUUCUCGAGGGAACAAUAGGGGUCGAUUUUCCUCUGGAGCAGCAGCUGGAUAUAGGAAUGAGGGAGCAAGAGGGCGUGGAAAUUUUGGUGGAGGCAAAGCCUAUGGCCGGGGAGAUUUCAGUAACAGGACAGAGUUUGGAAAUAGGAAUGGUAACCGGGGUGGCUUUUCAAACCGUGGAGGUGAUGGAUAUCGUAGGACUGAUAAGAUGGGUAACAAUGGUGGCCGUGCAAAUCGUGCUGGUGGGUUGGAUCUUAACGCUGCAGCUAAAACAACAGCACCACCACGGGUAUCUGCUACUGCUUGAAGAUCUGUAGCAUGGAAGAAGGUUGUUUGGAAGAGAUCACAGAUAGUUUUGUGUUCAUUAGUGCAGUGAUUUAUCAGGAGUGAUUUAAUAGUGCUGAAGGAGAAUGAUACACUUCUACAAAUGAGCUUCAUGAAAUUUUUGUUGAGGAUUUCCUUCUUGACAUUUUUUCCAUUUUUCCUCGGUAAAGAGGCCUUUUUCGGUGGAUAGUAGUAAAGUUUUGUCUGGUAUACUAAUUUCAUGUCUGGUUCGCCAUGAUAGUUCUGAGUCCACUUUUCAGUAACCUUUAAUGAAUAUAUUGUCUGGGAUUUGAUGCUUGAA